AUAAAGCCUACAGAGUCCUAAAAUAAGUGUGAAUAAAUCCUCAAGGAACAAUCUUUUUCUUCUCCUUCUCUGUCUCUGUGGAAAUUCCCAAUAUUUGCUGCUUUGCUUCUGAGUUCUGUCGUAUAGACAUAAUAUCUGAUACUUGGGUAUUGGGGAGUUCAACCGACGACGGGGGAGAUGGCCGGCGGAGAUGCGUCGGAGCAAGGGACGGUGACGUGUGCGUCGUGGAUCAGACGCCCCGAGAACGCGCAUCUCUUGGUGGUCGGCAAGUCAAGGCCUUCCUCGCUCGAGGUUUUCUCAUUCGAUCCCAACACCACUUCUCUUUCUCCAUCUCCCAAGGCCAAGUAUUUGUUUGAGGAAGGAGGUGAUCCUGUGAGCAUUGCAGUGCACCCCAGUGGAGACGACGUCGUUUGCUCAACCACCUCUGGCUGCAAAUUGUUCGAGUUGUGUGGUCUGGAAGAUAACCUAAGACUUGUGUGCAAAGAACUGGUUCCUCUUCAAGAUGUUGGUCCUCAAAAGUGCUUGGGGUUUAGUGUUGAUGGAUCUAGGUUGGCUUCCGGUGGAGCUGAUGGACAUUUUAGACUGUUUGAGUGGCCAAACAUGCGGAGUAUUGUAGAUGAACCAAGGGCUCACAAGUCGUUCCAAGAUAUGGAUUUUAGCUUAGAUUCGGAGUUCUUAGCAUCCACAUCCACUGAUGGUAUGGCGAGAAUAUGGAAGACCAGUGAUGGUGUUCCUGUGACAACUCUUACUCGAAGCCCUGAUGAGAAGAUUGAACUUUGCCGCUUUUCUAAAGAUGGGACAAAGCCUUUCUUGUUUUGCAUUGUUCAAAAGGGCAAUAAGACAUUGAUUGCUGUUUGGGACAUUAGUGAGUGGAAGAAAAUUGGACACAAAAGUCUAGUUAAAAAGCCAGCUUCCAUUAUGUCAAUUAGUUUGGAUGGGAAAUAUCUUGCUGUGGGAAGCAACGAUGGUGAUGUUUGCAUUAUUGAAGUGAAAAAGAUGGAGGUUUCCCACUAUAGUAGAAGACUCCACUCAGGCUCAAAAAUCACGUCUUUGGAGUUUUGUCCGAGUGAAAGGGUUGUUCUUACCACGUCUGCUGAAUGGGGACUAAUGGUGACCAAGUUGAACGUUGCAGCAGAUUGGAAAGAAUGGCAGAUAUAUCUGUUACUGCUGGGAUUGUUUUUAGCAUCAGCUGUGGCGUUUUACGUAUUCUUCGAGAAUUCUGAUUCCUUCUGGAACUUUCCCGAUCCAUCCACGAGACCAAAGAUCGACUCUGUACUUGGAGACUCAGCAUCUGAUGACCAAAGUGUGUGGGGAAGUUUUGGACCAUUAGAUAUGUAAUGAUCUGUUAAGCCUUCUCCAAGAACCAAUGAUUGUUUAAAUGUUAAGUAUUUGGGAGUAGUUGAAUGCAGCAAUGAUCAGAAGCCAAAUUCCUUGUAGCUCUGCAAUAUUCCACUCUAGUUUUGGACUGAUGAGGUGAUUGACCUUCUAGUUUACUCUCUUGGACAAAACAAAAUAUAAUGUUUGGUUUACA